GCCGUGGCUGCAGCGGCACUCGAGGCUGCUGGCUGUGCUGUGCAGAAGCCGUACAUCUGUGAACUUCGAGAGACGAGGCGGACUGCGCCAAGUGACGAUGCUCUUGCCGACAUCGUGAGGUGGACUGCCAUAUCUGGCCGAGAUGAUGGCAUCUUCGUGGGAGGGGAAUUCAGCGGCAAAGGCCUGCAUGUAGACCAGCGCCCCGAGAGCAACCUUGGAAAGCAGUGGCGAGGCUUGAAGCUCUUCGCCGCGUGGGACCUCGGGUCCGCUGGCCAAGCGGUGCUCGAGAGCUGCUAUGGCGAGAUCUUCUGUCCGCCUUUGUUGGCCAAGCAUUGCCAGGCGUUGAAGAAGUGCACGCAGCUGUUCCUCCUUCGACCUGGAGAUAUCUUCCUGUUCAACGGUUCGAUGCCGCACACAGCGCUUUGCAUCGGCGAUUCUCUCAAUGUGACCAGCUACGACGGCUUGCUAACGUGGCAUCCUGGGCACAUCGAGCAGUUCUUGAACACCGCCUCGAGCUUCAGCGGACCUUGGCGAGACGUUGGCCUCAGCUGGAAGGUGGAGCUCCUGAGUGCCUGGAAGGAGGCACGGAAGCGCAGCCGGGAGGGCUCCGCGGAGGGCUCGCCGCCUGCAGAGCUGCCUUCCUUGCUCGAGGAGGCCGCGCGACUCUUGAGCAGCGAUGGCUUCUGUGCCGAUGAGCUGCCUCUACAGUCUGAUGAGGCAUCGGCAGCAUUUUUCAUAAGAGGAGCCUCUGGCGGCCAAGCGACGCAAAACUGCGGAGGGUUCAAAGAUGGCGAGGGCUGUGUCGCGUCUGCUGCUUCUGUCGAUGAGCGAAGUUUUGCCGAUUUGAUGUUCGGCGACUUCUUCGACCGGAAUGAGAAGUACGUCCAAGCCACGGACCCCGUGAGGACGCAGCUCACCUUCGAGGAAGCCUUGGAGGAGUACAAUGGCAUGAAUGCCAGCAAGAUGAACUUGGUCUUCUUCAAGGAUGCUCAGGAACAUCUUGCCCGUGCUGCGAGAAUCAUUCGACAACCACGAGGCAACGCCCUGCUUGUGGGCGUCAGCGGCGUGGGCAGGAAGAGUCUGGCAAGAAUGGCUGCGCACAUGGCCGAGUUCGCCUGCAGCUCCAUCGAGAUCACGCGCACCUACGGUGUGAACGACUUCCGUGAAGACUUGAAGCGAAUGAUGAUGGACGUGUUGAAGAGCGAGGGGAAGGGCUUGGCUUUCCUCUUCUCGGACACGCAGAUUGUCAAGGAGUCCUUCUUGGAGGACAUCAACAAUAUUCUCAACACCGGCGAGGUCCCGAACCUCUUCCAGGCUGAUGAGCAGGAGCAGGUGAUUGGCCUCACGAGGCCCCUGGCCAAGGCAGCCGGGAAGGUCGACGCCCGCGAUGUUCUCUGGCCUUGGUCCCGGUUUUGCUCUGAUGCCCCGGCAGCUGCGGAGAUCCGUGAGACGACGGCGCAGGUCCCGACUCCAUGGCUUUCCAUCGACUCGUGCAAGCUUGGGCAUCUGAUCCAAGUCUCGGCACCGCAGCGGUCCAGAAGCAGCUCAGCACCGGACAUGAAUGCUUUUCAAGAGGGCAGAGGCUACCGCAGUAGCUUCUUCGAGGGCCAGUUGGCAUUCAUGCAUGUCCACGGUGUGGAAGUGCACUCUUUCCACGCCAACACCCUUAUCGGCUCUUUGAAGAGGGCUGGGCACUGGCAGCGUGCUUGCCGCCUUCUUUUUCAAAUGCCUGAGCUGCAGCUGCUGCAAGACCAAGUGUCCUUCAACUCCGCGCUUGGGGCGUGCGCGGCCGCGACGCAGUGGCAGCAGGUCCUGGCGAUUUUGGCGCUGAUGUCUCCCUCCUCCGUGACUCCAGACUUGAUCUCCGUCAAUGUCGCGAUGAACGCCUGUGGCAAGACAUCUUUGUGGACCUUGUCUCUGGAUCUGUUUGGCCAGCUCUGCGGUGCAGCCUUGACACCGAACAAGAUCAGCUAUGGCACUGUCAUCUCUGCAUGCGAGAAGGGCAGCCGAUGGGAGCUGGCUCUGUCGCUUCUCAACCAGAUGCCACGUCAGAAGCUGACCGCAGAUGUGGUUGCCUUCAAUUCCGCCAUCAGCGGCUGUGAGAAGGCCUCGUUGUGGCAACAAUCUCUGGCGAUGUUGGUGCAGAUGCCCGAGCAGCGGCUUUCCCCUUCCUGUGUCAGCUUCAGCGCA